CCCGCGUUUCUGGACGGACUCCGAAAAGUACAAGUCGUUUGUUCACAACCCUGCACGCUCUCUUUCAAUGCUGCCUUGAAGCUUGUAAGAGUUUAUCGCUUUUUAUUAAUUUCGGUUAUUAAAGAGUCCCGUGCUGAUGUUUCUAAAGCUCAGUGAGAGCUCGUAAACGUGUUGUAGACUGCUUAACGUUAAGCUAGCACCUGGCAGGCGGUCGGGCUAUGGUCAAAUAGGUGGGAACAGCUGACAUUUAAACCACAUUUAGAGAGAUGCCUCCUAACAAACGCAUGCAGAAGAAAGCACUCAAGCUGGAGUGUGAAUGGGGUCCAUGCCAGGAGUCGUUUAAUCGGAUGGAAAACUUUUGCAAGCAUGUGGAGGGUCAUCUUAACGCUUUGAACGCGGAGGAGGAGGACGAAGAAGAAGAAACAGAAGGGGAGAGAAACUGUCUGUGGAAAGACUGUGGUUUCUGCUCCAUGGAGGGGUCUGAAGAGUUGCGAAGACAUGUGUUCUUUCACUGUUACCACACUAAACUCAAGCAGCUGGGUCAGCAGGUGCUCAAUGCCCAUCCGGAAGUUGGCAGCUGCUCCAUUGCCUACCACAAUCGCAACAUCAUCCCCGAAAUCCCGGACAAUUUUGUCUGCCUUUGGGAGGAAUGUGAGCAACCACCAUAUGAAAACCCUGAAUGGUUUUAUCGACAUGUGGAAAUGCAUAGUCUGUGCAUAGAGAUACCUGCAGGAGACUGUGAAAUCGCAAUACGCUGUGGAUGGAAAGACUGUGAAGCUACUGCUAAAGGCCGUCCUAAGCUGCGUGAGCACCUGCGCAGCCACACUCAGGAAAAAGUGGUGGCAUGUCCAGGCUGUGGGGGGAUGUAUGCCAACAAUACAAAGUUGUUUGACCACAUCAUACGACAGAGUGCCAUGGAAGGUCAGAGGUUCCAGUGUUCACACUGUUGCAAACGUUUUGCAACAGAAAGACUACUGAGAGACCACAUGAGGACCCACGUGAGCCACUACAAAUGCCCAUUAUGUGACAUGACGUGCCCAUCGCCCUCUUCACUGCGCAACCAUAUCAAAUUCCGCCACAGCAAUGAGAAACCAUACAGCUGUGACUACUGCGAGUACAGCUGUAAGAAUCUGGUCGACUUGCGCAAACAUCUGGACACCCACAGCAGCGAGUCAGCGUUCCACUGUGACGUUCCUGGCUGUGGCUUCACAUCUCGAGCCUCUUGCACCAUGAAGUUUCACCACAAAAGAGAGCAUGAGGGGAGUUUUGCAGCUCGCUACAAGUGCCACGUGUGCGGCCAGUGUUUCACCAGGGGUAACAACCUAACUGUCCAUCUGCACAAAAAGCACCAAUUCAAAUGGCCCUCUGGACACCCCAGGUUCAGGUACAAGGAACACGAGGAUGGUUUCUUGCGCUUGCAGCUGAUUCGCUAUGAGAGCGUGGAACUGACUGAGCAGUUGAUGCGAGAAAGACAAAACAGGCAAGCAGAGGACGACGGCGACAGUGAGCAGACUGAGGGUCAGGAGCUAGAGGAAGAAGCCACAGGGGCAGCUAAUGCAGAGGUGCAGGUAGAACUGAAAGGAGUACUGCUGGAAGAGCAGAGGAUUGAGGAGCCAGGCUCGACUGUCAGCACUGAGGAGCGCGGUCAGGAAGAGGGCAUGCUGUAUGUCCUCACUGAAGGAUUGUCACAGGCAGGAGAAGAAUCAGUGAUGCUGCAACUCCAGGAUGCUGCUCAGCAACAGGAAAUGGAGGUGGUUUGAUUUGAUACACAUCCUGUGUCAAACUGUAUGAAGAAUCUUCUUGGAAUUCCUGAACUGUUAAUGCAAAGACGUUGCUUGGAUUUGAACAGAACGUGAAGUGCUUUAUUUAAAUUAAAACCUCUAAAUGAAGGAACACAUACUCCUUAUGAUACAUGUUAAAUAUAAGCCUAUAUUAGGCAAUUAAACAGUUUUUAUGUGUUUCUUUGCUAAUGUGUAGCAUCUUAAUUCCCAGUGUAUUUAAACUGUUUUGUUAGGUCUUGGUGUGUCAUGCUGUAAAAUCUGUUGAGACAGUUGGAGGCUAAUGUUGCACUGCCUGCUGCGUUCUCAAUCAAUCAAAUUCAGAGAUCAUCAGCUAAAACCUUUAAAGGUUAAGACCAUGAGUUAUGGGAUGUUGUGUUGUCAUUAACAUUCACCAGAAUCUGUGGAAUAAAGCAAAGAGGGUUCACCUUAUCUUGGAGACUGUGCACCUUUUCACAUUAAACUUGAAUAAACAAAUGAAAUCUUU